UUUUUUUCUUCAAGUUAAAAAUGGGCUUACCCUUAUGGAGACCUAGAGACUUAAAAGAAGAUAUCGAGCCUAUCAUUCAUAAACCCCAUCAUGCUACUUUAAACGACGAUAAUGAUAUCCGAGUUAAUAUUCCCCACCAAUUAAUGCAUAAUAUACAUAAUGGCUAUAGACGCAGUAGACCUUCCUUUUCCUCUUCCCCUUCCUCUUCCUCUUCCUCUUCCCCUUCCCCUUCCUCCUUCUCCUCCUCUUCUUCCUCUUCCUCUCAAAGAAGCGGCUCUCGGCUUUUUCAACCACUUGUUACUCGCUCUCGUCUUGAAAGACGCAGACAAAUGUUGGAGAGACUUCGAGCACAACACUCUUCAAGCACUUCACCGCCUAUUCGGAGUGAACUCGAUCGUCGCCUUCAACAGCGUAUUUCCGAAAAGGAAGAUUUACUUGAGCAGCUAACAGCAACUGUGAAUUUGCUUGAUCAAUUUUUGUCCGCAAGAACAGCACUUGGUUCGGAUUUCGCGGAACUGUUUAUCACUCAAGAUUUGCCUGCUGUUCUUGAGAGCGCAUCUUCCUUGGCUGCCUUGGUACCUGCUGCAAUUGGCAAUAACAGUACUACCUUGAGCAGCGAGAAUACUGAAAACAAUACACUUCAAGAGAUGGUAAAUCGAUUACUUCAAAUUCCUCCUUAUUCUGCUCGUAUACAAAAUGUCGAGCUCAACAUUAUUUCAACACAUAGACGUAUUCAAGAACAAUUAGACCAGCUAAGCUCCACUGUAUCUCUCUCUUCACCACAUCAACAAUCGACAGGAACAAUUAAUAUGAUGCGCACAUUAGCAGGUGGUAAUCAGACUCCUAGUCACAGCAGUAACUAAGAAAGAACAGACAACCUGCUUUUGUAUAUAUAUGUCAAAUAUACCAUGCAAUAUACGUACUUUAUACU